CGCCGCACUCGGAGCACAAGCGGCGGCGACGAAUGGCGAAGUGGGGGAAGCGCCGGACGAGGACCUCGCCGCCGGCCACCACCAUCUCCGCAAACCCCGCCUCGUCCUCGCCGCACUUCCUACCGGACCUGAUCCCGCUGGUCGCGAGCCGGCUGACGACCCUCGAGGACUUCUUCGCCCUCCGCGCCGCCUGCCGCGCCUACCGGGCACGCCUCCCGCUGUCGUCGUCCAACCUCGCCUCGCAGGGCCCGCUCCUCCUCGUCCGCCACAAGGCCUCUACCUCGGAGGCUCUCUUCCACGUCCCCCUCCGCCGCAUCCUCCGCUUCCGCCUCCCUUGCGCCGGCCAGGGCCCCAUCCUCACCUGUCUCCGCUGGCUCUUCCCUGCCCGCGUCGGCGUCGCCCUUGGGAACCCUAGCCCCACCUCCUUCCACUCCUUCGGCUGCCGCGUCGCCAUCCAAGACGCCAGCCGCCCCGACCUCCGCAUCCGCCACCUACUCACAGGCAAGCGAGCCGGAGCCCGCCUCCCUGGACCGCCAGAAGAGUGUGACGCAGUUAUCUUUUCCGGCGACCUCAUCAUUGCAUUCACGCGAUGGCAGCCUGACAUCUACUACUGCCGCACCGGGGAUGCUCACUGGCGAGCGGCCUGGUGUGAUGGAGGCUACCAGCUUUACAGUCUGAUGUCCUUGAAAGGCACGCUCUAUGCGUUGACUUACCCGAAUUACGGCCUUGCGACCGUCGAGCUUGACAACAAUUCGGUGGUGUUAUCGUUUCUUGAAGAUAAACUGAGUGCGCAGACAGUUCUGAAUUGUUCGACUUUAUGGCUCGCAGAGUGCCACGGUCAGCUAUUGCUCGUUGUCAGAACCUCUACGUGCCAUGUUUUCCGGUGGAAGUCCGGGGAGAGGAAGUGGGCGAGGACCGAAAGCAUUGGCGGUUGCAGCUUGUUCUUUAAUUUGCAUGAAUUUGCCGGUUGUCUUGGUCCAGAUCAUCCGGCAGUUCGAAGGGACUGCUUGUACUUUACUGGGUGGUCUGGGAACUGGAGUGAGUAUUCUUUGGUUGAUGGAUCUUUGCAUGAGAACGUUGUCGACUACCCUGGGCAAGCAGCAAGGAAGAAUUAUGUACCACUGGCAUGGGUCCUUCCAAGCAUCUGCUGAUGUAGCAAAACGCAUACCAGAACUGUCGAAGCUUUCAAGGUACAUUUGCUCCCUAGCUAGUGACUAAUUAAUGGCUUAGUUUUGUGUUUUCAUUUUGUUAACCAUAAUAUUCAAGUAACUCUUUAGCACUAAGUGUAUAUGAACUUGUAUAUGAAUGGAUAUCCUGCUCAAUGCCUUCUUAAAAUUCUUCACAGUAAUUUUGACAAGUCCUAGAAAUUAGUCUUAGGUUAUGGUUUGCUUAUUUCUCUCUGACGACAAUGCUUGAUGACAACAGCAAAUAGUGGAAUGAAUAUUUAGUGAAUUAACCAAGACCGUCACUUGGCAG